AUUAUAUAUUAUAUUUAUAUAUAUUUAAAUAUAAAGUAUUGAAAUUAAAAUCUUACAUGUUUUGUUCUAAAAAUGGUGUGUCAAAGAACUAUAAGAAUUAAAAGAAAAUACGUGACCAUCAUUAGUGUAACAGCCGUAAUAACGUAUUUACUUCUAUCUUACGUUAGUUUCGCAAAAAAGUCUGACUCACUUCAGCCACAUCACAAUCAACAAGAUGAUACUAAAAACAAAGAGAUCAUCAAUAGAUAUAUUUCAUAUACUGGUGACUACAAAACCAUGCUACUAAAAGAAAAGCUUCAAAGAUUGGAGAGGAAAUUUAACAAAACAAGGUCCAUCAUUACAAACAGCAAACCCAUGCUUAAACCCAAUUACAAUGUUCAUGUAUUUUAUUAUGCCUGGUACAAAAAUCCGGAAACUGAUGGCAUUUAUGCACACUGGAAUCACAAGUACUUGGACAACUGGAAGAAGGAAGAUACCCAUGUGUAUCCUACAGGGACACAUCAACCACCAAAUGACAUAGGCUCAAACUAUUAUCCCCUAUUAGGGUGUUACAGCUCGACAGAUCCAGAUAUAAUAGACAAACAUGUAAGAUAUAUAAAGGAGUCUGGUAUUGGUGUAAUUGUGCUUUCUUGGACACCCCCAAACUUCACAGACACGCCUACAGAAAUGUUACCUGUUUUAUUUGAGACUGCUUUAAAGCACAAUGUGAAAAUUUCAUUGCACAUUGAACCUUAUGCUGGCAGAAACCCAAUUAAUAUGCUACAAUACUUAAAGGAGUUUCUUAAAAUAUAUGGAAAUCAUCCAGCUCUGUACAAAAUCAAGAAGCCAAUGGGAUAUAAAAUUUUACCUGUCAUCUAUAUUUAUGAUUCAUAUUUAAUUCCAGUCGCUGCUUGGAAAGAGAUUUUUGGCUACAAGGGUAAUUUGAGUGUUCGAGGUACUGAGCUAGACGCCAUUUUUAUUGGUUUACUGGUGGAACUGCAGCAUAAAAGCCACAUUAAGAAGUCAGGAUUUGAUGGUUUUUAUACAUACUUUGCAACAAAUAGUUUUACUUAUGGGAGUACAUGGAAGAACUGGCCAGUCCUGUCCAAGUUUGCAGCUCAAAAUGGUUUAAUCUUUAUUCCUUCUGUAGGUCCGGGUUAUAUUGACACUAAAGUAAGGGCUUGGAAUUCGGCCAAUACUAGACAGAGAGCACAUGGACAAUAUUAUGAUGUUGCUUGGAGAAGUGCUUUAAAUAAUAAUGCCAAUUAUGUCUCAAUUACUAGUUUCAAUGAGUGGCAUGAAGGUACUCAAAUAGAACCAGCAAUAUCAAAAAGUGUAAAAGGCUACACAUAUUUAGAUUAUCAACCAGAAGGACCUUACUAUUAUCUAAACUUAACCAGGAUGUGGGUUGAACAAUUUGAAAAAAGUACCAAUUAACUGUACAAAUAAAAUAAGCUGACUUUUUUUAACAUGAAGUACUCUGUUACAUUGGCUGUGAUAUUUUGUGUUUAUACUUUAUCACAAAUAAAACAUUUUGUUUAAUAAAUGUUUGUAAAUCAUA